AUGCUAAUCGCAAUCGGUAGACCAUUAGCCAAUGAUGUUUUUAUUGAUGGCAAGUUUAUUGGAAUUUUAACUGGUCUGGAAGUGAAACGAUGUGCUGCUCGAUAUGCGUUUGGUGUCGGCCGUUUAUUCACUAAGCUUAUAUCAUAUGGCCAAAGUUUUUCAUCACAAGCACCGUAUUUACGUACUGCUUUGGCACUGGUUGUUAGAGUGGCUCCAGUAUCUGUUAAUAUUGAAUGUUGA